UGAGGAGCCUCGUUCAUCUGUAGCAUUAUUAUAACUCAUCGUGUAUCGCCAUGUUGUAUUGUCUGAAGUUGCAGCACUGUGUUGACCUCUUUGUGGGCCUCCUGCUCUUGUUUUUAGCGGGUCUGCAGCAGGUGGAGGCAGAAGCUGAAUCUGCAGAGAUGUCCAACCUGAACUGGAAACCGUUCAUCUAUGGAGGAAUGGCCUCGAUUGUCGCAGAAUUCGGGACGUUUCCCAUUGACCUGACUAAGACCCGGCUACAGGUCCAGGGUCAGUCUCAGUACACGGAGAUUCGCUACAGAGGCAUGUUCCACGCCCUCUUCAAGAUCGGCAAAGAGGAGGGCCUCAAAGCGCUCUACUCUGGGAUUUCUCCAGCUCUGUUGAGACAAGCCUCUUACGGGACAAUCAAGAUCGGGACCUACAACUCUCUGAAGAGGCUGUUUGUCACUCAUCCUGAAGAUGAGACGAUGAUCAUCAACGUUUUCUGUGGCGUCGUGUCCGGAGUGCUGUCCUCGUCUCUGGCAAACCCCACUGACGUCCUCAAGAUCAGGAUGCAGGCGCAGGGCAGUCUGCUCCAGGGCAGCAUGAUGUCCAACUUCAUGAACAUCUACCAGACAGAGGGCACCAGAGGCCUGUGGAGAGGUGUCAUCCCCACGGCGCAGCGAGCGGCCAUCGUGGUCGGGGUGGAGCUUCCUGUCUACGACAUCACGAAGAAGCACCUCCUCAAGUCUGGCGCCAUGGGAGACACCAUUCUGACACACUUUAUUGCGAGUUUCACGUGUGGCCUGGCGGGGGCGCUGGCCUCCAACCCCGUGGACGUGGUUCGGACCCGAAUGAUGAACCAGCGAGUUUCGUCGGGAGCCCCGAUGUACAAAGGCACUCUGGACGGACUGAUGCUGACGUGGAAGAACGAGGGCUUCUUCGCCCUCUAUAAGGGCUUCUGGCCCAACUGGCUGCGACUCGGGCCCUGGAACAUCAUCUUCUUCAUCACCUUCGAGCAGCUGAAGACGCUCCCGUUUUAAGUGACAGGAAGUGGGACUGGCUCUGUUUAGACUGUGUCGGGCAGAAGUGUGAGCACCUGCAGGUUGACCACACUCCCUGUAAAGCAUACCAAUGAUACAGUACAACACUACUCAUCUGCCCAUCAAACGCUCAUCCAAAUCUUAUGUUCUGUUUUUGCAAUGUGUUUAAUUUAUUUUUUGUACAGUUUUUAAGGAGUGUGAUUUAUCGCUCUCAUCCUCCUUCGACACUCCCCAGGCAGCUAAGAGUUGGUUGUAGCAGAAGAUUGAAAUAUGGAAGACUAGGUUUUUUUCUUUUUAGUUUAACACUGUGGAAAAGGUGAGAGGAAGCCUUUCUUGCAUGGAAAGCGGUCGGAAAAUGAGUGAUUUCAUUUAAAGGUUCCAUUUCUACUGAUCAUGUUUCCAUUGUUGAGGUCUACUAGAAUAUAUUUAUAUCGUGCAAUGUUCCAAACUCACAUUGGUUUCUCAUACAGCAUCUCGGUAUAGUAUGUGUAUUCACUCUCUGUCCUACACGGCUUGU